AUGUGGAGCAAGUUGAAUAAAAAUGUUGUGGGUGGCAUUGGACAGGUCAGGAUAGAACUUGCACUGCAAGAAAGAUUGAUGCAGGAGACUGGAUACAUGGUCCUGGUGCAGACACUGAACGGGCCGGCUGAUUUAAAAGUCGUUCAGAAGUGGAUGGACGGUGUGAAAGACUUCUUAAUGACAGAAAAGGCUGUUCAAGGAGAUACUGAAGGACUUCAAAGACAACUUGGCCAGUGCACAAUGUUUGUCAAUGAAAUGGAGACGACUGAACCAUCACUGAAAGAGAUGAAAGAAGUAGAGUCUUCUUUAAGAGCUCAGCCUAUUGCAAGCAUAAAUACUUGGGCAAAGUCUAGGCUAGUAGACUGCCAGACUCAGUGGGAGAAACUGAGUAAACAGAUUGUUAGUCAGAAAAAUCGCCUGUCUGAAAGUCAGGAAAAAGCUGUAAAUCUGAAGAAGGAUUUGGCAGAGAUGCAAGAAUGGAUGACCCAAGCUGAAGAAGAAUAUUUGGAGAAAGAUUUUGAAUACAAGUCCCCUGAAGAGCUAGAGAAUGCGGUGGAGGAAAUGAAGAGAGCGAAGGAGGAUGUGUUGCAGAAAGAGGUGCGGGUGAAGAUUCUCAAAGACAACAUCAAGAUGUUGGCCACCAAAGUGCCGUCUAGUGGUCAGGACCUGGCAACUGAGCUGAAUGUUGUACUGGAGAACUACCAGCUACUGUGCAAUCGGAUUCGGGGGAAAUGCCACACUUUGGAGGAGGUGUGGUCCUGUUGGAUUGAGCUGCUUCAGUAUCUUGAUUUAGAAACAGCUUGGCUAAACAAUCUGGAAGAAAGGGUGCAAAUGACAGAAAAUCUGCCUGAUAAGUUGGAUGCUGUCAAUGAUGCUCUUGAGUCCUUGGAAUCAGUCCUGCGUCAUCCAGCUGAUAAUCGAACCCAGAUUCGGGAACUUGGGCAGACACUGAUUGAUGGAGGGAUUCUUGAUGAUAUCAUCAGUGAAAAAUUGGAGGCUUUCAAUGCCCGCUAUGAAGAAUUGAGUCACUUGGCGGUGAGUCGACAGAUUGCCUUGGAACAGCAGCUUCAGACCAUGCGAGAAACUGACCACAUGUUGCAGGUCUUGCAGGAAAACUUAGUGGAGCUGGAUAGACAGCUGACAUCUUACCUGACUGAUAGGGUAGAUGCCUUUCAGAUGCCCCAGGAGGCCCAGAAAAUUCAAGCUGAGAUUGCAGCUCAUGAAUCCACCUUAGAGGAGCUCAAGAAAAGUGCUCGCUCUUUCCCUCCUGCUUCUCCUGAAUGCAGGUCUCCCCGUGGUGGAACUCAGCUGGAUGCUUUGCAGAGAAAACUCCGUGAAGUAUCAACGAAGUAUCAGCUUUUCCAGAAACCAGCCAAUUUUGAGCAGCGCAUGUUGGAUUGUAAGCGAGUGUUAGAUGGUGUAAAAGCAGAACUUCAUGUCUUGGAUGUGAAGGAUACUGACCCAGAUGUAAUCCAAGCUCAUCUGGACAGGUGCAUGAAACUCUACAAGACCCUCAGUGAGGUGAAAUUGGAGGUUGAAACUGUCAUCAAGACAGGAAGGCAAAUUGUACAGAAACAACAGACAGAUAAUCCCAAAGGGAUGGAUGAACAACUGACAGCACUGAAAUUUCUCUACAAUGACUUGGGGGCACAGGUGACAGAAGGAAAACAAGACCUUGAAAGAGCAUCCCAGCUGGCACGCAAAAUGAGGAAAGAGGCUGCCUCUUUGUCGGAGUGGCUAGCUACCACUGAGGCUGAGCUCGUGCAGAAGUCCACUUCAGAGAGCUUGCUUUCUGAUCUAGAUUCAGAAAUUGCCUGGGCCAAAAAUGUGCUGAGAGAGCUGGAGAGGAGGAAAGCUGAUCUGAAGAGCAUCACGGAAAGCUGCACUGCACUCCAGGCUCUGGUGGAAGGGAGUGAGACUUCCCUGGAGGAGAAGCUGUGUGUCCUUAAUGCUGGCUGGAGCAGAGUUCGGACCUGGACUGAGGACUGGUGUGAUACGUUGUUGAAUCAUCAGAGCCAGCUGGAAAUUUUUGAUGAAAAUGUUGCCCACAUAAGUACUUGGUUGUAUCAGGGUGAAGCCUUGCUGGAUGAGAUUGAGAAAAAGUCAGCAAGCAAAAAGGAGGAAACUGUGAAGCGCUUAACAUCUGAAUUAGAUGAUGUUAGUCUUCGAGUGGAUAAUGUGCGUGAUCAGGCUAUCAUCCUAAUGAAUGGUCGGGGGGUGUCAUGCCGUGAACUUGUUGAACCCAAACUGGCAGAACUGAACCGUAACUUUGAGAAGGUCUCUCAGCACAUCAAAAGUGCCAAGGUGAGGAUGCUUGUUGGACAAGAACGACUUCCUGUCAUGUCAGAGCCCUGUGAAGUCAGAGUAGCUUUUCCGGACCUGGAAAAAUUUGAGAGUGACAUACAGAAUAUGUUAAAACUUGUGGAAAAGCAUCUGGAGUUGAGUGGAGAAGAUGAAAAGCUGGAUCAAGAAAGAGCUCAGAUUGAAGAAGUUUUACAGAGAGGAGGGCAGUUGUUACAGCAGCCUAUGGAGGACCAUAAGCAAGAGAAGAUCCGCAUACAGCUGUUGCUUCUGCAGAAAAAGUACAACAGUGUGCAGGAGUGCAGGUCAUUGCAAAGGAGGCAGGUGGUGGAACUCUCUCCAGUGUUUUCCCAGUAUAAAAAGGAACAUGACAGUCUAAUGAAGUGGCUGGAUGAGACUGAGCACCGUCUGUCAGGGCUGCAAGGUGUGGAAGAUGAACAAAAACUACAG